AUGUUGCGAGCUUAAAAGUUAUAUGUGACUUUUAAAAUGUUUAAGAAUUAAUUAAUUCACUAAAAUAAAAGGAAGUUAAAACUAUAGGAUUUUAUGGAGAUUUUAAACUUUCAAUUAAAAUAAUUUAAUCAUAUUACCCUAAUUCUCCAGAAUUGUAUGACUUAGACCUUUAUAAGCCUCCAAAUUAUGAUUAAUUAGUGGCUAUUACUGAUGGGUAGUUAGUAUUUUUAAUUUUAUAAGGUGCGAAAAGUGCUUUUGAAGGUGAUGUAUUUGAUAAUGAAGAAGGCUAAUUAUACAUACGUUUCCUCUUAGAUAGUUGUCCUAUACUUAUUACAUGCUUGA